GAAGGUCAUGUAAAUAGUUUUAUCUUAAAUUGAAUUUGGCGAUAAAUAAAAUGAAACAAUAGUUGUUUUUGUGGCCGUCGUGUGUGCCGCGGUACUUGUGUUGGUUCCAUGCAUGUGUUCGUCCAAUAAAAUCGAUCUCCAUUAACCAUAUGGAAAUCUGGUCAAGUGCCAAACAGAAAUGUUUUCGGCUAUAAAACGUUUUGCGAGUAAGGGAGAUGGCUCCCCUAGUAACUCGACGGUCGUGGGGCGGCCCCCGAGUCACCAGGCGAUGUCCACUUCGCUUCAGAGAAAAUUUGCGAGGGGUGUGCAAUAUAACAUGAAAAUUGUGAUCAAGGGGGACAGGAAUGUGGGCAAGACGUGUCUGUUCCAUCGGCUUCAAGGGAAAAAGUUCAUAGAGGAGUACAUACCCACUGAGGAGAUUCAAGUCACUUCGAUUCAGUGGAAUUACAAAGCGACUGAUGAUAUUGUCAAGGUGGAAGUGUGGGAUGUUGUGGACCGAGGGAAGAAGAAGAAGCGGUUUGAAGGCUUGAAACUGGAGAAUUCGCAAAUUGAAAUGCCGGAAGAGCCGGCCCUGGAUGCUGAGUUUUUGGACGUUUACAAAGGGACUAACGGGGUUAUUAUGAUGCUGGAUUUGACUAAAACUUGGACGUUUGACUACGUCCAGAGGGAACUACCGAAAGUCCCUGCACACAUUCCGGUCAUUAUUUUGGCAAAUCAUUGUGAUAUGGGGCACCACAGGACUGUCACUUCUGACCAUGUCACUUUUUAUAUUGAGUCAAUUGCAAGCACCCGUUCGGCGCAAAUUCGCUACUCGGAGUCGUCCAUGCGCAACGGCUUCGGCCUGAAGCUCCUCCACAAAUUCUUCAACCUCCCCUUCCUCCAACUCCAGAAGGAGACCCUCCUCCGCCAACUCGAACGCAACGAGAUGGAGAUCGCCGCCACCAUCCAAGAACUCGACAUGUUUGCGGAUUCGGACGAAGCAAAUUACGGCAAAUUUCUCGAUACUUUGGUGCGAAAACGUCGCGAAAUCGCCGAUUCCAACGCUAACAUUCCGCCACCGACGCAACAAAUGAAGCCGUCGGCGUCUAGUCAACAAGUGGCCCCCGCAAAUGGGGUUCAAUGUGAUGUUAAACGGUCACAGAGCGGCCCCAUUGUCAUCGGGGCCGGAAAACCGAUCCCUUAUGGGAAUCCCAGCACGAAGAGAGUGCCUCAAGUAUCGAAAAGUUCAAGUCAGAGUUCUGGGUUUAUCAGUAAGAUUGGGGUCGAUCAGGUGGUCGAAGGGGGAAUCCCUGAUUUGAGGAGGUUGGAGAUUAGUCCGAUUACGUCAGUGGAGGAGUUUUGUCCAGAUGGGGGGCAGAUUGAUAGGAGUUUUUUGGAUGAUGUGCAAUAUAAUGUCCAGAAUAGUGGCAAAAUGGAGGAAAAUGACUCUGAUUCGGACACAGACACUGGCAAUCCUCUCGUCUCCGAAUUACAAGAAGACUUCGACCCGGACGAUCUCAAUUCCUCGUCGAAAAAAAUCGGAAAAUCCGAAUUAAAAGCACCAGCUCCGUUACGAAUCGUCCGUUCGGACGAAAGUAGCGAAAUUGAAGUUGACAAGACUGCACCUGAAGACUAUGAUAUGAAACAAACAAACGACGAAUUUGAUUCGACUAUAAAUUCGGAAAUUUCCGAACUGACUUCGGACGCUUAUGACGGCUGGAUGGGCAGUGAUACGAAAUGGAGGCGAUCACCUGAAGGUGGUGAAGAUGUGUCAGUUGUGAGUCAAACCCUAGAUUACAGUAAUAGUACGGCUUAUGAUGAUAGUACGAGUGUGACGUCAUCGAAUGUACAUAUGGAGCUGUUGAGUUCGAAACAUAGUCCAGUUUCGGCGAACGGAAGUGUGAAUAGUGAUAGUGAAGAAACUCACACUUCGAGUUCAGUCAAGAAAGAGAAAAAGAAAAAAGAGAAGUCGGAAAAGAAGCAUAAGGCCAAAAAAUCAAAAGACAAGGAAAAACCGAAAGAAAAAAGCGAACGUCGGCACAAACGUCGGUCACGUGAUGAGACUUCAUCCCGUCGCGACGAAUUGGAAGAGUUCUUAAAUGGCAGUGCAAGUCCACCAAUCGAUGCAGCGUACGAAGCCAUCUGAGUACAAUUUAUCGCCUAACGCCUUCCAAUUUUAUAAUAUGCUUAAAUAUAUUUUUUAAGUGAAUUUAUUUAACGUGAUAUGUAUGCUAACAUGCUUUGCAUAAUUACAUCAAUUUAAUCCUGCAUAUGUUUGGGUGUGCACACAGUCAAAUCUUUUCCAAAAAGUACAAUAAUCGAUUAGGCGUAAGUGCAUGUGUGCCUAAAGUGUUUUUACGAAUCAAUAUUUUUCUACACUCCAUUCGUAGACCCGUUAACUUAUUGUUACAUGUUGUUUUUGUUAUGUGUACCACAAUCAUUAAUCGCUUAUUUAUUUUAUUAUUGUUUCUCUCUAACGAUUGUUGAUAUUUAAGACCCGAACCUCAAUAAAUAAGUAUAACCGCA